UUGAGUGAAUUGUUAUGUCUACGUGAACGUGCAAAAAUAGAAUGGACAAGGAGUUACUCAGAUGGCCAUGCACACAUAUGCAUCAUGCUUAAGCAGAGAGCGUAGGUCUACCAGCUUCAGUCACCAUCCUCUCUGUAGAGAAACGCUCGCUGAUCAAGCAGCACUACAUUCAUGGAGAACAGGGAGGAGGAGCGCAAGAUCCCACUGCUUGGGCCAAGGCCGGCAAGGGUCGAAAAUGGUGACAACAGUGUGAUCCGAGGUGGGGAUGCAGGAGGGAGAGAAGAAGAAGAAGUGGGGCUGGGGCAGCGGCUGCUGGAGGAGAACCGGAAGCUAUGGAAGGUGGCAGGGCCGUCCAUCUGCACGCGCUUCUCCGGCUUCGGGGUCACCAUCAUCAGCCUGGCCUUCAUGGGCCACAUCGGCCCCACCGAGCUCGCCGCCUUCGCCCUCGUCUCCACCGUCCUCAUGCGCUUCUGCAACGGCAUACUGCUGGGCAUGGCAAGCGCGCUGGAGACGCUGUGCGGGCAGUCGUACGGGGCCAAGCAGUACCACAUGUUGGGCAUCUACCUGCAGCGCUCCUGGAUCAUCCUCAGCAGCUGCGCUGUGCUCAUGCUCCCCAUCUUCCUGUUCACCCAGCCUCUCCUCGUCUUCAUCGGCCAGGACCCCAAGAUCGCCGCAGUUGCUGGGCGCAUCUCUGUCUGGUACAUCCCCAUGCUGUUUAGCAACCUCUGUAAUUUCACGCUCCAGAUGUACCUGCAGGCGCAAAGCAAGAAUAUGAUCGUCACCUAUCUUGCAUUCAUCAACCUCGGCACCCAUCUGUUCCUGUCGUGGCUCUUGACCAUCAAAUUCCACUUUGGACUUACCGGGGUCAUGAGCUCCAUGGUCAUUUCCUUGUGGAUUCCUGUGUCUGGGCAGCUUAUCUUUGUGUUCUGUGGUGCGUGCCCUCUCACAUGGACGGGGUUCUCCACCGAGGCACUCACCGACCUCUUCCCCAUCCUAAAGCUCUCUUUAUCCUCUGGUGUGAUGCUCUGUUUGGAAAUGUGGUACAGCACAAUAUUGGUGCUCCUAACCGGGUAUAUGAAGAAUCCAGAGGUUACACUUGACGCUCUUUCAAUAUGCCUUAACAUCAAUGGUUGGGAGUUGAUGAUUUCUAUGGGCUUUCUGUCCGCGACAGGAGUUCGUGUCGCAAAUGAGCUCGGAGCUGGAAGUGCAAGAAGGGCAAAGUUUGCCAUCUUAAACGUCGUCACCACUUCUUUCUCUAUAGGCCUUGUGUUGUUCGUGUUCUUCCUUUCGUUCCGAGGAAAGCUUUCCUACAUAUUCACAACGAGUGAAGAGGUAGUUGCCGCAGUCGCUGAUCUCUCGCCUCUUCUGGCCAUCUCUAUCUUGUUGAACAGCGUUCAACCAGUGCUAUCAGGUGUUGCUGUUGGGGCGGGUUGGCAAAGUGUAGUUGCAUAUGUUAACAUCACAACAUAUUACUUGAUUGGUAUCCCCCUUGGAGCGGUUCUAGGUUAUGUUCUUGGAUAUCAUGUGAAGGGCGUUUGGGUUGGCAUGCUGCUCGGAACACUGGUUCAAACAAUUGCACUUCUGUUCAUAACAAUUAGGACUGACUGGGAUAAACAGGUAGAGGUUACUCGGCAUAGAUUGAACAAAUGGUUCAUCGAUGGGAACAGAGAAAAGGCAGCUUCCAGUGGAAGUCCAUGAGGUUAAAAAAUUUGGGUACAAGCAAUGAAUUGUCACGCCAUCAAAGUAGAACGUGUAUACUCUCCUUGAUCGGGGUUCACAACCUUUCAGAGGAUAAAAUACACUUCUCUCAACAUGUUAAGAUUGAAUUGGCAGAACAGGGUUAUUCCUCAAGAUCGAGCGAACAAUGUGUGAUCACAGUGAUGCAAGCUCCAUUAGAAGAGGAAAAAGAGUC